AUGGAUGUGCUUGUCCAGGUCAUGGUGGAGGACUGGGAGAUGGUCGAGGACGAGGUGGUAGAUGACACCGACGUGGAGCUCGUGCCAGUCUCAGAGCUCGAAGAUGUGCUGGCUGAGGUUGUGGUGGUUGUGGUCGACACGGAACUUGUUGAGGAACUAGUUCUGGAUGUGGUUGUUGUAGAACUUGAAGAUGUGCUAGCUGAUGUCGUUGUUGAUGCAGUGCGUGUUGACGUCGUGCUUGUCGACGUAGUGCUGCUUGACGUAGUUGUCGUCUGUGAUGUUGAGGAAGUACUGGAGGACGUGGAAGUAGUAGUCGUCUGUGAUGUUGAGGAAGUACUGGAGGACGUGGACGUAGUAGUUGACGUCGUGGAGCUAGUGGACGUCUGGCUGGUAGAGGUCUCUGUAGAAGUUGUCAUGGUACUGGAAGAGGACGUUACCGUUGUUGCCGUGGAAGUCGUGGCUGUGGAAGACGUGGAUGUGAGGGACGUUACGGUGACAGUUGUACGGGUUGAGGUUGUCGAAGUGAUUGUCAUUGUUGUUGCAGUGGAUGUUGUCACAGACGUUGUCCCCGAGGUUGACGAUGUUGAAGUCGAC